AUAAUUUUUGGUUUUUCUUUUUGUUAAUUUUUAUUUUGCAUUCCAGUUUGCACGCGAUCGCAUUGAAUUCGAUAAGUUUCUGCUCUAAUAGUUUGCAAAGCCGCGAAAAGUGUCGGUUUUCAUAAUUUUACACGCCACUAUUUAUUUAUUUUUUAUCGAAGCUCGUUUUUCUAGUUUAUUUUUAGUUUAUUUUUGGUUUAUUUCUGCACUUUCUGCGCAUGUUUUCCUCUGCAUUUUUUAUGUGGCUUCUGUUUGACUGACUGCCUGAAUUACGAAACGCGGCUACGAUUUUGCUAAUUCCAUUUGAAGUUUCUAUGAAAAAAAAAUUAUAUAAAAUUUUAUUAAUAACUUCAAAAUUACAACAAAAUUAUGCAUGCGCAGUAGAAACACAUAAAUAAGAAACCAAAUACGAAACUCGAGCGCCGCCGACAGCCAUAAAACCGACUUUUCCUGCGCGUAAUUAUUGGUUUGGCGCACAGUAGCCACCGCCGCCGCACUUUUUUCUCUCGCUCGUUUUCUACUAGCUGUACCGUUAGUCAAUGGCAAAACAGUGCGUUGGCCGCAACACUGACCCCACACACGUCAAAUCGCAUAUUGGAGUCAACACUCACACACACACACACACUCGCACAAAACUAAACUCAAUGCACAAAAACAAAAAAUAAAGCAACAACCAGUCGCCAGCCGCCAGCUGCCAGCUGCCACAGCGCUGUGAACAACUUGCUCAAAAACAAAGGAAAAGUAGAUGCUGGCAUUUCAGCGGCGUCACGAUCACGUUAAUUUCUGCUUAAACUUUUCCCGUUUACAAAAGUGAAAUUUCUCCAAUUUUCACCUGCGGUCGCUUUGUGUUUUUUGUUUUAUUUAUUUAUUUAUAUUUAUCAAUGUCUGUAGCCGCUGUUGCUUUGGCUGUUUAUUGGCGUUGUGUUGUCUUAAAUAUUAUUUCCUAUUAUUUUUUAGUUAAAACAAGCAUAAAUUUAAAUUUUUGUUCAGCAAAAAACUAAAAUAACAACGAAGAGAAAAUUAAUUAACAAAAAGGCGAAAAUUCGUACAACAUUUCUUCUUCGGCGUGAGAAUUAACUCUGCUCUCACUUGUGACUUUUGCAAUUAAUUUAAAUACUGUUUCAAGUAAUUUAAAAAUGGCAUUUCAAAAACAACGCUUCAUCAUUGGCCUGUGUUUGCUUUUGCUGCACUCGGCUGUUACCGUCACAUCCUCCAAAGCCGAUGUUAAAGAAGCUGUAAAGGAGGCGCAAGAUGAUGCAAAGAAAGCUGAAUUCCCCGAAGAGGAUGCUGAUAUGCUAAUGGAACCGAAUGACUUCACCCCAGUUACCGUUUUGCGCUCACAGGAACAGCAAUUCCACGUACCACCCACCUACCAGUUCCGCCCAUUACCACCCAAUCCUCAUGUCGUGGCACGUUCGGAUGUACACCCCAAUGCACCACAGCCAACGCCUGUUGACUCACACACACAAGCUGCACAAAACUACUACCCACCUUUCUUCCGUGAGGCGCCACCACUGGGCCAUUCACGCCCCUACUUCCCCAUACCCGACAGCCCAGUGAUACCGAAAUUCGCAGCGCCACAUCCCGAACAGGUGCCACUAGGUCCAACACAACGCAGCUUUGAUCCCACUAUUUUAGGUUCCGGCGACUUUGGCGUGCUGCGCGGCGGCACUUUCUACCCCGAGGAGGAAAUGCCUUAUCACACCGAUGAUAAUAGCGAUUUCAAUCAAUACUACGGUGAUGCUAAUGGACACGGACGCCCCUCGAACGAGGAAUUCGUGCAGAAGUAUACUUACCCCGAAGAGCAAUUUGCCGAUUUCCGUGACUUUGCCGAUAUAAAUACGCCGGCCGAUUCGGCGUUUUCGCAAUUUGUUGUUGUUUAUGCGGCGAAAAAUUCAACCAAGCCAAGUACACAUCCACGUCCGAAGAACAUCUUUGAGCAAUUGGAGCUGCUGGAUCGCGAGAAGGAGCAAGAGGAGAAGGAGGAAAAGAAGCGACGAGCGAGCAAAUCCAAAUCGAAGCUCUCCAAAACGAAAUUGCAAAAGAAGUAUAAGAAGAAGACGAGUCCCAAAGAUCUGGACUAUGAGCCGCUCUUGGCCUUAAGUUAAGCUGUUAGUGGUAGGGGUGGUUAAGCCAAUUAUAGUAUAUGACAUUAUUUAUAAAGUAAGUGAAAGAUGGCAAUACAGUUAAACAAAAACUACGAAAGUAAGAAAUAAACUUUGGCAGAAUACACGCUGAAGAGCAUGAAACCGUUAAGGCGAGCGUGGCAGUUAUCAUAAUCAUUAUUUUCUCUCCUUUCAUAACAUUCACUGUACAAAAUAGUUUCAUAAUUGUUGUUGAUAACGGUUAGAAAAGGAGUGCGCAUUUAAAGUUGGAUGCUGGCAGUAAAAAAAAUUUCAAUUUUGAAACCACUUAGUGUCGGCUAAUGCCUUAGUUUAGGACUAAUCAUUUGAUGAAACUUGCUCACUGCCGAAAAUGUAUUUAUCACACUUUCACUUUGCAUCGUAUUUUAUAUUACUUGAAACCUUUUCAGUAUAGCCGAGCUCAAAUAUAGUUACAUAAUAUGUAUUUCAUACGUUUAUUGCUCACAAUUUUCAUGGAGCUUUCAUUUUUGAAGCAUUUCAAAGCAAUGCUAUGAACGAAAGCUCUGUUUACAACAAUACCAAGAAAUUAGUUUAUUUUUCAAUAACGACUCAUUUUCAUAACUAAUGAUUUCUUCUUCUUCUCUGGAAACCUUAACCUAUCUUUUAACCUUAUUUAUCCGAAUUUUGUUCUACAUAACUUUCACAGAGGUCAAAUUCUAGAAAAAUUCCAAAAAAAUUUCAAAAUAUUUUUGUUUCGAGUUUCAUGCAUUUUUGACUCAUUCACAUAUGUUUAAAUUUAAUUGCACAAAAAGAAAAACUGAAAAAACGGGUUGUGUUUGAAAAUUUUAAAUUAUGAAAAAUUCAUUAACUUUUAGUUAUUUUCAUUUCACUCUCAUCCAUUCGUUUCAUAACCAAAAUAGUUUUAAACAGGUAAUUUAAAAUCAAAUUUCAUUGCACUUUGCUCUAGAUUACUUGCACAUACAUAUAUUAGCAUAUAUUAUUAUGUUACUUUAUUUACUUUCAUUUUUAAUU